CGUAUAACCCCUACCACCUGUGCAUUCUUCUAUUAGCCACGCUCACACUCCCUCAUGACUCACUUACCACCGCCAACCUCUACACACAAUACAACUUCAGCAAACAAAAUGGAAAAGAAAAGAAGAGAAAUCAGAGGAAGAGAAAUGAGAGAUGGAGAUCCAGAGAGUGAGGGAACCGCGAGGAAGAAGAGAAGGAGAAGGGCGUGGCGUUGGCGGCUGGGUACCGCCGCCGUUCAACUCUUCGUCGCACCGUCCACGUCGAGCUCGUCCCAUCACUGUCAUGUCACGAAGGAAGGGUCGCCGCCGUUCGUGCCUUGCCGUCACCAUUCGCGGAGGGAGAGGAAGCAAAUGCGCCAGAGGAGCUGUUGUCGCAGCCAUUGUUGCUGCCGCUGCCGCCGUGACCGCGGGCGUAGUCCGCCGUCGGGUCGUGUGCCACUGAUGGUGGUGAACCAAACGUCGCCCUUGAUGCUGGAGAAGAACCCCAGAGUUGCUGUUCUGCUUUCGAAUCCUCUCUUUCUGAAAUUCUCCGCCACUUUGCUUCUAAUAUCUGCUACAACUAGUGUUGGUGUCGAUGCUGUUUUGGGACUGUUGUAGUUGUUGCUGGUUCUGUGUGAGGUUACUGCUGCUGCGAGAUAGGAAGAAAAAAAAAGGGAAAUUGUCGCGGUUAUGGAUUUCUUGGAGUUUCGGUUAAUUGAGGUAGGGGAUUUGUUUUAAAAAUAAAUGUUUUAAGUUAUGAAUACCAUUAAAAUUAAAUGAGUAACUGCAAAUGGUUUAUGGUUGCUUUGCGUGAAUAAUUGUUGGAAUUGAGUUGAAUCAUGGAUGUAGUUGGUGAUUGGUUUAAUGAUUUAAUGUAGUAAUUAUUGACGAUGUUGUGUAUUUUAAAUUUAUACUUGCUGUUAGUACUUGUUGACGUUGAUUUUGUGUAUGGAGUGUUGCUAUGGUUGCUGGAAAUUCAUUUGAUGAAUCAGAACUUGAUAUGUUGUUAUAGAUGAGAUGCUGAAGAAUGGAUGCUGUGAUAAUAUGGUUACGUUGCACCUAUGAUAUGAAAUUGUAAUAUAUUGAAUUAAGAGUUCUUGGACAACUUUGGUUAGUCAAAAGAAAGUUAGAAAUGUGGUUUUAGAUGAAUCCUAUGCUUGAAUAUAAGAUUUGGCAUGAGAGGUUGUUGGAAGUGCAUUAUGCAGAAUUUCUGCAAUUUCUGCAUAAUUGGCAGCAGAAUGAACGAAUUUCUGGGAGCAUUCCAGAUCAUAAUUUUAGAUGAAAUUAUUUUUCUAUGAAACUUUAAUGUGUUCUUAAUAUCUCGUAAAAAUUUCAGAAUUAAUUGAUAAGUGGAUUGGGAGAAAUGAAUUUUUGAAGAUUGAUGGUUUCAGCAGAAAAUUCUGUUUCUUUACUACAGAAGCACCAACUUCCAAUUCACUUAAUUUAUAAUUCUGAUGAGUAUUUGGGCUGAAACCAACGGCAGUUUCAAGCUUUAUGUGUCUAAAAUAUUCAGUUUAAAUUUCGUGUCAAAACUCUUUUUAACCAAUUAGAUAUGUUGCAAAAAGUGUGAGUUGCUUGUUGGAUUUUGAAAACAGAUUUGUAUAAGGCAGGGCUGUGUUUGUAACCUCAUAACUUUUACAUGUGACAUGGUAAUAGUCUAAAAUUUAGUUUUCUAGAAAGCUGAAAGAGUUGUUUUUAAGUACAUGAAUUUUGAAAGGCACUGGGUGAGAAUUGGAUUUUCAGUGAAUUUAACAAAUUUACUACUCGCUGCUGUUUUUUCUGCAAUGAUAGUAGAAUUUUUGAAAGAUUUGUACAAAUUUCAAUUAUGGUAGGAAUGCCCCAGAACCAAGUUUUAUUUUCUAAACCCGUGUUUUUACAAUAACUAAAGGGAUUAAAGAGAGUAUAAUGACCAAUUAAGAAUGUUUACCUAGUAAAUUGUUGAGGAAAGUUUGAACGUUGUUAAAGCUGAGGGAACCCGUAAGGGUGGUUUUAGUGCUAUUUUAGAGGAGAUUAUGUCUGAAUUCCUAUAAAAGUUCAGGAACUUAGUUAAAUGUAAAUGUGUAAGUUGUCUCCAAGAAUGUUUAAGGUUAAUGGGUGAUGCGGAGGUAUGUAUAAUUAGACGGUGGUGCGGAGGUAUGUAUAGUUAGGCGGUGAUGCGGAGGUAUGUUUUACAGUGUUGGUGAUGCGGAGGCAUGAUAAAGAGAAAG